UUAUAGGGGCGCAGCCCUUAGAAAGAGGAAGCAGUGUACGCAAGACGAAAGACGAAGCAGAAGAAGAAAUCUAUGGAAAAAGAAAAUAGGAAAGCACUGGAAGAUGAUAAGACGUCCACGGAGGUCGCAAAGUCAAAAUCUAAGUUGGUCGCCUACUUGUUGUGGUUCUUCCUCGGCUGGGCUGGAAUCCACCAUUUCUAUCUCCGUCGCUACCGUCAGGGAGUGCUAUGGCUGACGUCCUUCGGCGGUCUCUUUGGAAUCGGUUAUUUGGGGGAUAUCUUUCGACUGCAAAAGUAUGUCCAUUAUUCCAACAAGAGAUACCUUUUUGUGGAGCGGCUGAGGCAGAAUAAAAAGUAUUCAAAGAGUGGUCCACGAGUCUCCGACAACUUUCAUCGUAUUGUGAGCCAGGUGAUGUUUGGAGUCUUUUACCGUGGACUGAUCUACUGUGCUAUACCCUGGGAGAGCCCUGUCAUGAACUAUGCUGCAUUUAUCCUUCCCCUGGGGACAGCCUUUGGAACAUACAUGGUCAGCAAUGUGGGCCUACAGGAAAGCUCCUUUUGGUGGUCCUUGCUUGGAGCAUACAUUGGCGAGUUUUUUGGAGCAUACAUUGGCGUGUAUUUUUCAGGUCUUCUGCCUUUGAGCAAGCCGCUUUCAGUAGCUUUGUUCUCCAUGCUAUGUUCAACCUAUGGGUGGAAAUGGAGGGAAAAAGAGGAAGAUGCAUCCUGUGGGAAAUUGCUUUUUGUGGCAUUGUUUUCUUUUAUCGUGUGCUUGAUUCUUAGUGGCUCCUUCAUAUACUGCAAUGCAUCAAUAAAGGCAAAUGACGGGGGUGUUAUUAAAUUCCAUGAUGUUUUUGACAAAUUCUUCAACUCUGGAAAUAUAACUGAACUAUACAAAACAGGUGGUAGAAUAGCAAUCUGGGAAAGGUUGAUUACAUUGCAGAUUUUGAUGGAAAAUAUCGUGCUUUCGAAGUACUGGGACUUGAUCCUGAAACAGACUUUGAAGAUGUGACAAAGAGAUACAAACAGCUGGUUGGAGAUAGAGACCCGGAUCACUGCGAAGAUGAGAACAGUGAAACUCAGGAAGAGAUUAUGCGAUAUGAAGACGCCUACAA